GAAGCCGCUCCGCCUUUCCGGUGCGGCGGCGUGCUCGGGGCGGCCGCGGGAGCCUCCGCCGCCGCCUCUGCCGCCAUGAGCGUCCCGGCGUUUAUCGACAUCACGGAGGAGGAUCAGGCUGCAGAACUUCGAGCUUACUUGAAAUCUAAAGGAGCUGAAAUCUCUGAAGAGAACUCUGAAGGUGGACUUCAUGUUGACUUGGCACAGAUUAUUGAAGCUUGUGACGUGUGCCUGAAGGAGGACGACAAAGAUGUUGAGAGCGUAAUGAACAGUGUCGUUUCUUUGCUUCUUAUCCUGGAGCCUGACAAACAAGAAGCACUGAUUGAAAGCCUGUGUGAGAAAUUAGUAAAAUUUCGGGAAGGAGAGCGCCCGUCUCUUAGACUGCAGCUCCUGAGCAAUCUCUUCCAUGGCAUGGAUAAGAAUACACCUGUGAGAUACACAGUGUACUGCAGCCUUCUUAAAGUGGCUUCAUCGUGUGGUGCCAUCCAGUACAUUCCAACUGAACUUGAUCAGGUCCGAAAAUGGAUUUCUGAUUGGAAUCUCAGCACAGAGAAAAAGCAUACCCUUCUGAGAUUGCUGUAUGAUGUCCUAGUGGACUGCAAAAAGAGUGACACUGCAGCAAAAGUAAUGGUGGAACUAUUGGGAAGUUACACAGAGGACAAUGCUUCCCAGGCUAGAGUUGAUGCUCACAGAUGUAUUGUACGAGCGUUGAAGGAUCCAAAUACUUUUCUCUUUGAUCAUCUUCUUGCCUUAAAACCAGUCAAAUUUUUGGAAGGAGAACUUAUUCAUGAUCUUUUGACAAUUUUUGUAAGUGCUAAACUAGCAUCUUAUGUCAAGUUUUAUCAGAACAAUAAAGACUUCAUUGACUCACUUGGCUUGUUGCAUGAACAAAAUAUGGCAAAAAUGAGGCUACUUACUUUCAUGGGAAUGGCUGUAGAAAAUAAAGAAAUAUCAUUUGACACAAUGCAACAGGAACUUCAGAUUGGAGCUGAUGAUGUAGAAGCAUUUGUUAUUGAUGCUGUAAAGACAAAGAUGGUAUACUGCAAAAUAGAUCAGACGCAGAGAAAAGUAGUUGUCAGUCACAGCACACAUCGGACUUUUGGAAAGCAGCAAUGGCAGCAAUUAUAUGACACACUAAACACCUGGAAACAAAAUUUGAAUCAAGUGAAAAACAGUCUCCUCAGUCUCUCAGACACCUAAAAAAAAAAAAAAAAAAGUCUUUUCUACCUAGAAAUGUCUCACUCUACAUGAAAUUUAUUCAAACUUUGACAAUUUGUGAUUGUUUCCAAAAUGUACUCAAUUGGUUUAAGAAAAUUAAAUACUCUAAAUUGCAA